AUGAACUAUCGCACAAUGCCCACCACGGCAGACAGCGCAAGCAGUGAGAAUAAUACCACUGCAAAUAUUGAUCCCAUUAAUACCGACACCAAUGGCGAUAAAAUCGCGCCAACCACACCAGCCCAAAGCUUCACUCCGCGCUCGUUGAUCGUUGGCCUCGGAAUCGGCACCUUGAUCAUAUUCUCGAAUACAUAUUUCGGCUUGCAGACGGGAUGGAUGAGUCUGAUGACCAUGCCAUCUUCCCUGAUUGGCUUUGCCGUGUUCAAGAGUCUAGCUAAACAUCUCUCUUUCCCAUUCACACCCGUGGAGAAUGUGCUUAUUCAAACUGUUGCCGGGGCCGUGGGCACUAUGCCGCUGGGAUGUGGGUUUGUGGGUGUCAUUCCGGCUCUUGAGUUUCUGCUUAAAGAAGGGGAGGAUGGUAAGCUUGGAGAUGGAGGGACCGGUGAAGGUGGUCCGUUAAAUGUGGGUUUUUGGAAGCUGGUGAUUUGGAGCCUGGGAGUUUGCUUGUUUGGUGCUAUAUUUGCUGUUCCGCUAAGGAAGGAGGUGAUUAUCCGGGAGAAGUUGAAGUUUCCGAGUGGAACGGCAACGGCGUUGAUGAUUAGGAUGUUGCAUGGGACGUCGGCGGACGAGAAGUCGGAGAGCCAGCAUAGUCGUCGAAUACUGCCUGAUUCAAGUGCUUCCAUAAGAAGACCGGUUUCUUCAGCAUCUAUGGGCCGUGAUGUCCAAGUCAAGGGUGACGGUCGUCGGGACUGGAAGUCAAAGAUCCGCUUACUCAUAGGUGCAUUUGCUGUUUCAGCUUUUUAUACGCUCUUCUCAUACUUCGUCCCUCAAGUCCGUGACCUCCCAAUCUUUGGUCUAUCCUUAGCUCAGAACUGGCUAUGGACUCUAAACCCAUCUCCGGCAUAUGUCGGCCAGGGAAUUAUCAUGGGUCCUUCAACCUCAAUGCAUAUGUUAAUAGGCGCAGUCCUAGGCUGGGCAAUCCUAUCCCCAAUCGCCAAACACAAUGGCUGGGCACCAGGACCGGUCGAUGACUGGGCAAAUGGCAGUAAAGGCUGGAUUAUAUGGGUGUCUCUGGCUAUCAUGCUCGCAGACUCAAUUAUAAACCUGGGAUGGCUGAUUCUGCGAACGUCGUACGGAUCUCUGCCCUGGCUCAAGACUAAGCUACAUGCUCUCAAGCGAAAGGGAUUGAAAGGAGCUAUCUCUGAGCGGAGACAUCGUUCGCAUGUCCAAUAUUCAGCUCUCCACGCACCCGCGAACGCCGAAGAGUUAAACAUCGAAGAGGAAGAAGCAGAAUUAGAAGAAGAACCCGACGCUCCACCCUCCGAACUCAUCUCCAACCGCACCAUCGCCAUCUUCCUCCCACUCACUUUAGUGUUAAACGUGAUAUGCAUGCACAUCGCCUUCGGCGACAUUAUAACCCCUUUCCUUUCCACCUUCGCCACUUUACUAGCAGUCCUCCUCUCAAUAAUGGGCGUCCGCGCCCUCGGCGAAACAGACCUCAACCCAGUCUCUGGAAUCAGCAAACUAACCCAACUCAUCUUCUCCCUCGUCACACCCUCAUCAAUGCACACCCGUCGCUCGGCCGUCGUCACAAACCUUCUCGCUGGAGCGGUCUCCGAAGCCGGCGCUCUGCAGGCUGGUGACAUGAUGCAAGACCUCAAGACGGGUCAUAUAUUAGGCGCAAGCCCCAAGGCGCAGUUUUAUGGACAGGUUAUUGGGAGUAUAUUUGGUGCUGUGGUGUCUACGGCUGUGUAUAAGAUGUACGUUAAUGUGUACCCUGUGCCUGGUGAUCAGUUCCAGAUCCCCGCGGCGUUUGUAUGGAUUUUUACGGCACGACUUGUGACGGGUCAGGGUUUGCCGCCUAUGGCGUGGCAGGUUGCUAUGUUGUUUGGAGCGGUGUUUGUCGGCACUACUGUUCUCAGGAUUGUGGCUACGGUUAGACGUGGACAAAGCUCUUCGCCCCCGUCGUGGAUUUCGUUUGUGCCUGGUGGGAUUGCGGUUGCGGUGGGCAUGUUUAAUGUCCCUUCUUUUACGCUUGCAAGGGCUAUUGGAGGUGUGAUAGCCUGGUGGUGGGCUCGACGGAAUCCCGUCACACCUAUUCCUCUUCCUCCCUCCUCGGAUCAUGGACAUAUCGUCAACCCUACCACAAGUGAAACGGACGACAGAGAUGAACAGCAGACGUCGUCUCCAUCAUCUCCUCUCAUAUCUGCGAGGGCCGAGGUACCACCUACGACCAAAUCGCAACCAUCCCCACUUGACCCAAGUCAAGAGGAUACGACCUCGUCGACUGUGGUGGUGCUCGCGUCGGGACUUAUACUCGGUGAGGGGGUGCUGAGUAUCGCGAAUUUGAUUCUUGCUAGUUUUAAGGUGCCGCAUCUGUGA